CGCUGGUUGGCUUCAGCGUGUUUUCUGCGGUCACUCUGUCGAACUGAAGGAUUUACUAAACACACAGAGACGAUAUUGAACCUUGUGGUGACUCGUGUGUAUAAAGAGGAUUUAUCUCCUUGCUGAGGGACCAUGUGGAGCUCAGGCCGCCGGUUGCUCCACGAUGUGCUCACUGCUUCUGUCCGGAGCUUCUCUCUGACUCCUGCUCAGAACACCGUUGUGGUGGAGCGAUGGUGGAAGGUCCCCUUGUCUAAAGUAGGCAGCCCCCCCAGGCUCAACCCUCGAAGGCACAGAGUCUACAAGGUAGUUGAAGACACCAAGAACGCUCCCAAGGAGAAAAUGGAGCUCAUUCUGACUCAGACUGUACCAAAGCUCGGUGGAAGAGGAGACACUGUGUUUGUGAAAAAAUCCAUCGGCAGAAACAAGCUGCUGCCACAGGCUCUCGCAGUGUAUUCAUCACCUGAGAACAAACAGAUGUUCGAGGAGGAGAUAAGACUUCUGCGUGAGGGGAGACCAGAGGACAGAAUUCAAACCCGCACUGGACAAAUGACGAUAGAGUUCCUGAAACGCUCAAAGCUGCAGAUUAUCAAAAUGCCCUCUGAGGCAUUCCAGCUCACUAAAGAGGUCGUCUGCCGACAGUUUCUCAAGAAGCUGGGAGUUGUCGUGCCACCUCAUACACUGAGUCUUCCAUUUGAGCCAAUCAAGGAGUUGGGCGACUAUUGGUGUGAAGUGACGGUCAAUGGAAUAAACACUGUCCGUGUCCCGAUGUCACUGCUGCCAUAUGAAGACCAAUCUGCAACUUACCAGCGGCAGUUGAAGAGACAAAAGCAGCAGCAGCAGCAGCAGGAGGCGGCAGCCGCACAAGCUGCAGAGGCUGCUGAGGAAGAUGAAGCUCUUGUGGAGGCAGUUUCUGAGGCAGCAGUGGAGGCUGAAGCUGUUAAAGACUCUGUGAGUCCAGUUAGUGAACAUUCAGCUUCAGCAGAAGCUUCUGCUGCUCAGGAAACGACCUCGGAUACACAGACAACUCAAGAUACAACAGCACCGCCUAGUGACAGCCCCAAAAAAGACUAAAGGACUUAAAAUGAAGAUGUCCACGCAACUUCACUGGAUUGUUUGUCUUUAACACACAUGAUACCUGCAUAAAAUGUUUCACAUCAAUUUGGGACCACUGCAAAAACAGUGAAAAUAAAAGGUAAUGUAGCCUGUGCCAUCCUAUGGGAAACUAUCAAGGACUUUUUUCAUAAAGGUUUACAAUGAAAGGAAACUGCCGUGUUAAAGAACUCAUGGAGAAUUAAAAGUCCAACAUGAUUUAA